AUGCAGCUUAUAAAAAUAAUCAUUUUUUUAAGCGUUUUCUUCUCUUCUCUACAACUAACUUUUUCUUCCUUACAAACUCAAUCACAUGCUACAAUUCAUCAUCAAGGAAUAUUAAAUGCACACCAGAAGCUUUCUCUACCAAUACUGCAUAGAAAGCUAAUAUUCACCAAAAAGGUUAAAGAAUCUGAUGAAGCUAGAGAUUUUGUUUCACACAAGAAGAAAGAUUCGCUUCCUGCAGGAAAAGAAAACAAGAAAAAGCAAAAGAUGGAGGUAGGCAGGAAAGGAACAAGACAAGAGUGGAUGGAGUCAGAAGAAGAUCCAUCACAAUACUUUACUAUGGAUUACAAUCGUGUUAAAAGACGCCCUCCUAUACACAACUAA